GUGUCUGCCGCGGCCCUUACCCGGAUGGAGGAGUAAAAGAAUUGACAAUAAACACAUCUCGUAUGCCUCCGUCAAAGUGAAGCUGCUGGUGAAACAGGCUGAGACAUCACAUCAUCAAUGAUACAGUUCUUUUAGGAAGGUGUAGUGAAAGGCUUUGCAGUCGCUGUCAGCGGUCCGGACCCGGAGAAAUGGAGCAUAUUCGCACCCCGAAGGUGGAGCAGGUGCGUCUGUUGGAUCGCUUCAGCAACAAAUCCACGAAUGGCACACUGUACCUCACGGCCACACAUCUCAUCUUCGUGGAGAGCAGCUCGAACAACUCGGCCUCUGCAGGACAGGAGGUCUGGAUAUUGCAUCACCACAUAGCGUCUGUGGAGAAGCUCUCCUUGACCACCACAGGUUGUCCUCUGGUCAUCCAGUGUCGCAACUUCCGGGUGGUUCAUUUUGUGGUUCAGCGAGAAAGAGACUGCCACGACAUUUACAGCUCUCUGCUGCGUCUCCUACGGCCGGUCUCCUAUGAGGAGCUCUAUGCGUUCUCCUACAACCCCAAACAGAAUGACCAACAGAGAGAGGAAGGAUGGCAGCUCAUCGACCUGGGGGCGGAGUUUGAGAGGAUGGGCGUCCCCUGCGACCAAUGGCAGCUCACCGACGUCAACAGAAACUACAAGGUGUGUGAGACAUAUCCAAAGGACCUGUACGUUCCCAUCACAGCCAGUAAGCCUAUCAUCGUGGGGAGUUCCAAGUUCAGAAGCAAAGGACGCUUCCCUGUACUCACAUACUUCUACCAGGAAAAGAAGGCGGCAGUGUGUCGGUGCAGCCAGCCUCUCUCUGGCUUCAGUGCACGAUGCUUGGAGGAUGAAAGCAUGCUGCAGGCCAUCAGCAAGGCCAAUCACAACAGCCGAUUCGUCUACGUCAUGGAUACCCGGCCAAAGUUGAAUGCGCUCGCUAAUCGUGCAGCGGGUAAAGGUUAUGAAAACGAGGACAACUACUCCAACAUCCGCUUCCAGUUUGUCGGCAUUGAGAACAUCCACGUCAUGAGGACCAGCCUGCAGAAACUCCUCGAAGUGAUCGGGACUCGGUCUCUGUCCAUGAGCGACUACCUGGUUGGCCUGGAGAGCAGUGGCUGGCUGCGGCAUAUCAAGGCUGUUGUGGACGCAGCCGUCUUCCUCACCAAGGCGGUGACCUUGGAAGGAGCCAGUGUGUUGGUUCAUUGUUCAGACGGAUGGGACAGAACGGCCCAGGUCUGCUCUCUGGGAUCCCUGCUCAUGGACCCGUACUACCGCACCAUCAAGGGCUUCAUGGUUCUGAUCGAGAAGGACUGGAUCUCCUUCGGCCACAAGUUUGCCGACAGGUGUGAUCAGCUGGACGGGGAUCCAAAAGAGGUGUCUCCCAUCUUCACCCAGUUCCUGGAGUGUGUCUGGCAGCUGACGGAGCAGUUCCCGCAGGCGUUCGAGUUCAGCGAGUGGUUCCUGCUGCAGAUUCAUGAGCACGUCCACUCGUGUCAGUACGGGAACUUCCUGGGCAACAAUCAGAAACAGAGAGAGGAGCUGCAGCUGAGAGAGCGCACUCACUCACUCUGGGCUUUUCUGAUGAGCGAGAGACAGAACUACUUGAAUCCGUUCUACAGCCCGGCCUACGCUGAAGCGAAGCCUGUGCUGACACCUUCAACUCUGCCCUACAACUUCAAGUUCUGGAGGAACAUGUACCACCAGUUUGAUCGCUCCAUGCACCCACGCCAGUCCAUCCUGAAAACUGUCCUGACUCUGAGGGAGAACAGCUGCAAGGUCGAGAGCACGCUGCACGCUCUGGAGAAUCGGCUCCAGCAGCUCGGUGUGACCCCCAUCGUGACCUCUGACCCCCCUGCACCGCCCCCCACCAGAGAUCAGCGCUCAAGCGCCCUCCCGCCGCGCCCCGACUCGCUCAUUCUUGGAGCGCCCGUCAACCACAAAGAAGUGCAGCGACAGGAGGACUGCAACGAGGACGAGCAGGAGGAGGUGGGCGAGGAGGCCACAGAAAGCUUCGACACAGAGCGGACAGUAGAGGGCAGCAGCGGCACCGAGAGCAGGAAGCAGAGCUACGGAGAGCUGGACGGGACAUACGGCAGCGAUUUGGCCAAAGAGGAGCCAGCUGUUGUGAGCCUGGAGUUCGGAGUGGCACGCAUGACCUGCUGAGACCAAACAGGUGGAUUGUGGGAUACUGAGGGAUGGGAGCUGGAGAGAGUGAGAGGGCCGACUGAGAGAGUGUGUGUGCGUGAGGAGGGGAAGCUCUGUGUGUGAUAACGUGUUGAUUACGCAAUGGCCCUGAUUGGGCCGACAGAUGAAAGUGUAUGUGUGUGUAUAGUCUCAAUGUUUAUGGGAAGCCUCAUUAUUAUGUCUAAAUGCACCUAUAGGACAAAGCUUGUUUUUUUAUGAAUGUUGAAAGCACUAUAAAGAAUUAAUGAAUAGAAUAAGAGAAUAAAUUCAUCUCCAACAAA